GGUGAGAAGAACUCACUUUUCCAUGAGCAGAACCUCAUUUUCACAGUCGGCAACCUGUUCAUCGCUGGUACGGACACUACUAGUACAACACUGCGCUGGGGCUUGCUGCUUAUGGCCAAAUAUCCACACAUACAGGAUCGGGUUCAAGAGGAGAUUGAUCAGGUGAUUGGUGGACGGCAACCGAUUACAGAGGACAGGAAGAACUUACCAUAUACAGAUGCUGUGAUCCAUGAAACCCAGAGACUGGCUAAUAUUGUACCCAUGAGUAUUCCUCAUAUGACCAGCUGUGAUGUUCACUUCAACGGAUAUUUCAUCAAGAAGGGCACAUGCAUAUUUCCUCUUCUAAUGUCUGUACUGUGGGAUGAAGAUGAAUGGGAAACACCCCACACCUUUAACCCCGAACACUUCCUGGACAAACAUGGUCGAUUUGUGAAGAGAGACGCCUUCCUGCCCUUCUCUGCAGGCCGUAGGGCUUGUCUUGGAGAGAGUUUAGCCAGGAUGGAGCUCUUCCUGUUCUUCACGUCCCUCCUUCAGCAUUUCCGCUUCACUCCUCCUCCUGGAGUGUCUGAAGAUGAUCUGGAUCUCACACCAGCGGUGGGCUUCACCCUGAACCCGACCCCACACAAACUGUGCGCAGUGAAGCGGUCGUGAAAUCUGUUAAUUAAAUGUGUUAAAACAGUAAAGUUGAUAGUUUUCAAACAGAUACAGCCCUUGCAUUAUAUUUGUGUGUUUAUUCUUUAUAUUCAUCUUUAUACAUCAGAAAUUUCAGGAAUCAAUCAUUUUCAGCAUUCACAAAGAAUCAUGAAAACCAUGUCAUAUUCUAAAAACCCAGAUAGCAAGCAACCAUUGAAACAAUGUUAAAUCAAUGUGUCAACGUUAACUGAAUCAAUAUCACUUUUGAAAAAAUGUUGAAAUUUAAACAAACAAACAAAAUCAAUGGUAAUGGCAUUGAAUCAAUGUUACAAUGUGAUGUUAGUUCAACAUCAUGCUUGCAUUCUCAGAAAAUGCAACAACAGCUAAAAAUGACUUAAUCCACACAGCCUGAAAUCAAAAUAAAAGUAGACAAUAAAUCUCUCAAGAUCUCAGCAGAGGAGGAUUAAACAACUCCAAAAAGAGCAUUACCAGCUUCUCUUAUUACUAACCAGUUUGACUUUAUUUCUGCUAUUCAUCUACAGAAGUUCUUAUUGAGAAUUAA